UCUUCUUCUCUCCUUGGCUCGCCGUCUUACUGAUAGAAUCAUUUACUCUGGUUCGUUCGUUUACACGCGCGCUUCCGAGUUCUGAUAUUGGCAGGGAGAAGAAGAAGGAGAGAUGGGCUCACGUCAGGGACCACCGAAGCAUCAGAACAAAUUCGCCUGGGUACCCAACGCCGGCGUGAAGAUCAACGAAACCGAAGUUGGCGGGAGAUUCAGACCGCUCUCGGAGAUAACUGGAGUUUGCCAUCGCUGUCGGGAGCAGAUCGCUUGGAAACGCAAAUACGGCAAAUACAAAAAGCUAACCGAACCCGCCAAAUGUCAGAAGUGUUUAAAGCGUAAUGUUCGUCAAGCGUAUCACAAGUUAUGCUCUGGUUGUGCCAAGGAGCAGAAAGUGUGUGCCAAGUGUUAUUCUUCUACUGAGCAAAUCAUGGGAAGGGAUAUUUAUGAGGUAGAGGCUGAACAGAAGCUGCUUGAUGAGACUAUCAAGAAUGCUAGGGAAAGAGAUAGAAGGACGCUUUUACGUGCUAUGAACAAAGAUAACAACCCAAAAAAAUCAGAUGAAGAAGCAGCAACAAGGAGCGGUAGCAGCAAGGUUGGUGAUGUGUUUCCAUCAACAUCCCUUGAAGAAUAUGCUAACAAGUCUGGAAAAGUUAGCGGGAUUGUUGGUCAUGGUAGUGUGCCUGAUCAUGUCCAUGUUGUUGACGAUGAAGAAGAUGAUGAUGUUGCUAGUGAUGGUGAUGGUGAUGAUGAUGUUGCUAGUGAUGGUGAUGGUGAUGAUGAUGAUAGUAAUGAUAUUGCUAAUGAACCUGAGUUAGAUGAGGAUCACAGUGGUGAUGAUGAUAAAGAGCUGCAGAAGUAAACGUACUACUUUUGGUUGUAGUUCUGUCAGUUUUGAUAGGCUUGUGAAAUUUUGCAAAACUGAUUAGUAUGCUUAUUGUUUUGAAAUACUUCUACUUUGUUUACCUGCAAAUGCAAUGUGGCUAUAAUGUAUUGAGCUGAACUUCAAACGGGAUUUGUUGUUUUUCCUUGUCGGCCUAGUUUAU